UUCCUUUCCUUUACCCCUUCGCGUUCCAGCGAUGGUGACGGAGAAAAGCCGUGUUCCAAGCCCGUGUUUUGCGACACAUCCGCUUUCAGUGUGCUAGUGGCGGUGGCGCUUGCUUGGAGGGUUUUGCUUUCCGAGGCUGAUACGGUGCAGGCCCAAGCCUUAGCCAUGGAGGUCCCUUUACCCCCAGACGAUCAGGAAUUGCGUAAUGUCAUUGACAAACUGGCUCAGUUCGUGGCUCGGAAUGGACCUGAAUUUGAGAAUAUGACUAUGGAAAAGCAGAAAGACAACCCAAAGUUUUCGUUCCUUUUUGGAGGAGAAUUCUACAACUACUACAAAUGUAAACUUGCUCUGGAACAGCAGCAACUUCUGUGCAAGCAGGCUCAGGACUUGGAGCCCAAAGCACAAAUUGCCACCAUCACUACUAUACCCACCAUCCCACCACCUACAUUACCUCCACCUCCUACUCUUGUAGUACCACCACAGGGUGCCCCACCAAUUGAGGAUCUUAUUCAGCAGAGCCAGUGGAAUGUCCAACAGCAGGAACAGCAACUCCUCUCAAUUAGACAGGAGCAAAUCACAUCUGCAGUGGCACAUGCAGCUGAACAACAGAUGCAGAAUCUUCGAGAAGAGACCCAACUUGAUAUGACUGAAUUUGACAACUUGCUGCAGCCCAUAAUUGACACCUGCACAAAGGAUGCAAUAUCUGCUGGAAAGAACUGGAUGUUCAGCAAUGCAAAGUCUCCACAGCACUGUGAGCUAAUGGCUGGACAUCUCCGCAACCGCAUCACAGCGGAAGGGGCACACUUUGAAUUGCGAUUACACCUAAUCUAUUUGACCAACGACGUGCUGCAUCAUUGUCAGCGAAAACAGGCACGGGAGCUGCUAGCUGCCCUUCAGAAAGUAGUUGUUCCCAUCUAUUGUACCAGCUUCCUAGCAGUGGAGGAGGAUAAGCAGCAGAAGAUUGCACGGCUGCUUCAACUCUGGGAAAAAAAUGGAUACUUUGAUGAAGCCACAAUCCAGCAAUUACAGAGCCCUGCACUUGGAUUAGGACAGCAUCAGGCUGCUUUAUUAGCUGAAUAUUCAAAUGUGGUUCAGCCUAUACUUGUAGCCUUCCAGCAGCAGAUCCAAACCUUAAAGACCCAACAUGAAGAGUUUGUGACUGGACUGAAACAGCAACAGCAGCAAAUACAGAUUGCUGUAAUGGAGCCUAUUCCAGAGCCCCCAGCUCCACCACCAGCCCCUGCCCCUGCUCCUGCUCCUGCUCAAGUGGCACCUCCAGAGGAAGUGCAACCUGCCAUAACUCCAGCUGAAUUUGAAUCUCCUCCUCCUGGCAAUGUACAAGAUCCCACUACUGGAGGGACUCGAGGCCCAGCUCCCCACGAGCAGAUCCCUCCUAACAAACCACCUUGGUUUGAGCAGCCACAGCCCAUUGCGCCCUGGGGUCAACAACAGUCGUGUGAACAACCACCUUUUCCUCACCAUCCAGCUCCACCUCACUGCCCACCAUGGAAUAAUAGCCAUGAAGGCAUGUGGAAUGAGCAACGGGAUCCAAAUUGGAACAAUGAACCUGAACCAGCAUGGAACAGUCAACGAGAACCACCAUGGAACAAUCAGUUUGAUGCUCCUUGGAGCAAUCAGCAUGAACAGCCGCCCUGGGGUGGUGGAGGGGCACAAAGAGAUCCUCACUUUAGAAUGCAGCGUCCACCUCAUUUCCGAGGACCUUUCCCACCUCAUCAACAACAUCCACCUCAAUUUAAUCAGCCUCCUCAUCCCCAUAACUUCAAUCGUUUCCCACCACGUUUUAUGCAGGAAGACUUUCCUCCUCGACAUCCAUUUGAGAGACCACCGUUCCCUCAUCGAUUUGAUUAUCCUCAGGGUGAAUUCCCUGCAGACAUGGGUCCACCCCACCACCACCAGGGCCACAGGAUGCCACAUCCCAAUAUGAAUGAACAUCCACCAUGGGGAGGACCGCAGCACCAAGAUUUUGGUCCACCACCACAUGGAUUUAAUGGACAACCACCUCACAUGCGCAGGCAGGGUCCUCCACAUGUCAAUCAUGAUGACCCUAGCUUGGUGCCCAAUGUGCCCUAUUUUGAUCUACCUGCUGGGCUAAUGGCCCCUCUUGUGAAGCUGGAAGACCAUGAAUACAAACCUCUUGAUCCCAAGGAUAUCCGCCUUCCUCCUCCAAUGCCCCCAAGUGACAGACUUUUAGCUGCUGUUGAGGCAUUUUACAGCCCCCCCUCUCAUGACAGACCCCGAAACAGUGAGGGCUGGGAGCAGAAUGGUCUGUAUGAAUUUUUCCGAGCUAAAAUGAGGGCCCGUAGGAGGAAAGGACAGGACAAAAGAAACAGUCGGCAGUCAAGAUCACAAAGCCGAUCUAAAAGUCGUGGCCACUCUUCAUCUCGUUCCAAUUCAAGAUCUUCCAAGUCUUCACGGUCCUAUUCCGGAUCUCGUUCUGGCUCCCGCUCCCGCUCCAGAUCCUACUCUAGGUCUAGAUCAAGGAGUGGAAGUCGGUCUCGCUCUUCUCGCAGCCGGUCAAGAUCAAGAUCCAGGUCUAAAUCUUUCUCACCUAGUAGGCGACCUAGAUCUAGAUCUCGCAGUGCCACUCCUCCUUCCUCUUCAGGUUUAGGUUCUGGAUCAGGAGCACCUUUGCCCACUAUCCGUCUAGGAGAGGAGAACAAAGGCCACCAAAUGCUAGUUAAAAUGGGGUGGAGUGGCGCAGGGGGACUUGGUGCAAAUGAGCAGGGAAUCCAAGACCCUAUAAAAGGCGGAGACAUCCGUGACAAGUGGGACCAGUACAAGGGAGUAGGGGUAUCCCUGGAUGACCCUUAUGAAAAUUACCGCAGAAACAAAAGUUACUCCUUUAUCGCCCGUAUGAAAGCUAGGGAUGAGAAUUUUAAAGCAGGUGGUCCGUUUCCCCCAGGUGCAGCCCCCCCAGGCAAUAUGAAACGAGAGGGUCCAGAACCUCCUGCACAGGAAUGAAACAACCCAAGACUUAAAAUCUGAAAUUUUUUGGUUUUGUGUGUUUUUACCCAUCUGAUGAUUCAUGGAGCAAGGAUUAAUAAGGAGGGGAGGGAUUUUUAGGAAUUGCCAAGCCCUUGAUCACUUGAAUGUGUCUCCAUGUCAACAAUAAAAAUGUAAAAGGUAAUCAUUUCAUCUUCAGCAAGCUCUGGGAAGAUUAAUAUUCUGAAUUCAAGUAAAUUUGCUGGCCUCCUAUACAUACUCAUGCAGAAAGGAAGAUGAACUCAUGGCAAAAUUCUACAGAUUGUUUGGGAGAAACAACCUACAAUGUGGAAAGCAGCUGUUCUAUGUAAUCUGCAGGAUUUGUUUACCAACAACAACUCCACCGAACUCAAGGCAGUGGAUUUCCAAGCUCCUCUUCAAAACACACUUUUUUUAAUUUAAUCUAUAUUGAAAGAUGACAUUUAGUUGAGAAGCCCUAUUUUAAAGGGUAAACUAUACAGUUCUCAUUGUUUUCAGUAAAAGCGCUGUUCUUAAUGAUUUAUAACAUUUGGAAUCUGUGAUGUAGGUGAGAACAUUUAAGCUGAUCCCCCAUGGGUUCCGCUCAUAGCUGUAUCUGUGACUAGCUUGCAGGUUAAAAGGUUUGAUAGUACAGCUUUUGUUUUUGUAUGUGAGCAUCCUUCCUUUCACACAAUCUCUUUUGUAAAGUAAAGUGGUUAUUACUA